AUGAGGCUGGAGUUGAAUGGCCUAACAGAGGUUUUAAUUUGAAGGCUGCUCCUUUUGUGUGUGUUUGGGGUAACUUGACGCUGCGCAUUGAUCGCUAGCAGCCACGUCUCACAGUGAGCUGUGCGGCGAUGUGAGCCCGUCAGAUAGCUUCGUGUUUGUUCAUAGGGCUGCUCGUAUUAAACACUGUGCUUUGUACUGGUGUGUGUGUGAGUGACAGAGCUCCUCAGGACUCCUUCACCUCCCAUCAUGCUGCAGCCUACAGCAGCUAGCUAACGCCAAUGUGCAACUUCCUCCUUCCAUAAAGUCCGCUGAGCAGCUGCUCCGGGUGUUUCCCAGUCUGAACAGAGACAGCCGGAGUCACACAGAGCUCCUGGACAGGUGACAUCAGUACAUGAUCUGCUCCGGGUAGCCACUGCAAGACAAAAAGACAGAUUUUUGCUGGGCUCAGAAGAAGAUGGACUGACCAUCAAAACAGUCUUCAACUCAUCAUCUCCCUUCUUGUCACUUGCCUGUUGGGCCCCUGAGGGCCCUCAGGCAGCAGGCGUGAUGCCAGGCAGCAGGCAGACCGCUCACCACCCACUAUGGCGUCUCCUGUCACCGUUCCGUACCCGGCAGGAGCGGGUGGUCCUGGCCCGCAGUGAGAGCCUGCCAGGGGAGCAGGUGCUGAAGAUCACGGUCACAGAGACCACGGUGAUCGAGGCAGAGUCUGGGGUCUGGAACUGGCGCUCCCUGAUCUACCUGGGCCUCUGGUACUUCUUCAGCUUCUGCACUCUGUUCCUCAACAAAUACAUCUUAUCGCUGCUGGAGGGGGAACCCAGCAUGCUGGGUGCUGUUCAGAUGCUCUCCACCACCGUCAUCGGCUGUCUGAAGAUGUUUGUCCCCUGUUGCCUGUAUCAGCACAAGUCCAGAUCAGAAUAUCCCCCCAACUUUAUCAUGAUCAUGCUGUUUGUUGGACUCAUGAGGUUCACCACUGUGGUUCUGGGCUUAGUGAGUCUGAAGAAUGUUGCAGUGUCGUUCGCUGAGACAGUGAAGAGCUCAGCACCCAUUUUUACCGUCAUCAUGUCCAGGCUGAUCCUUGGGGAAUACACAGGGCUGUGGGUAAACCUGUCCCUGUUCCCAGUCAUGGCUGGCCUGGCCCUCUGCACAGCCACUGAGAUCAGCUUCAACAUGCUUGGCUUCUCUGCAGCACUCUCCACCAACAUCAUGGACUGCUUGCAGAACGUAUUCUCCAAAAAACUGCUAAGUGGAGACACAUACAGAUUCAGUCCUCCAGAGUUGCAGUUCUAUACCAGUGCCGCAGCAAUCAUUAUGCUUAUACCUGCCUGGGUGUUCCUCUUGGACAUUCCAGUGACUGGGAAGAGUGGACAGAGCUUCAUCUUAAGUCAAGACAUUAUCUUGUUGCUGCUUUUCGAUGGUUGCCUGUUUCACCUGCAGAGUGUCACUGCCUAUGCUCUCAUGGGACGGAUAUCCCCUGUUACCUUCAGUGUUGCCAGUACUGUUAAGCACGCCCUGUCUGUGUGGCUGAGUAUCAUCGUGUUCAGCAACCAAAUCACAAUCCUCAGUGCCGCCGGCACCGUCCUCGUCUUCAUCGGAGUCUUCUUGUACAACAAGGCCAGGCAGAUCCAGAGGGAAACCUUGCAGGCUAUGGCUGCCGAGCAGAGAAGCGAGAAUCAGAAACCACUACUGCAGGAUGAGGACUUCCAGGCCUCUGAUUCUCGCUAGAGACUCAGCGCUAGAGGCUGCAAUGCUGCCGGAAAUGACGUGAAGGUAUUGAGAAAGUCCACACACUGACUCGAUGACCACUCAAAGUACACUUGAUCCUUACUUGUCUUGUGUUGGUCUGUUUAAAAGGAGAAGCUCAGGGCAUCUGUCACAUUUUUUUUAAGGAAGUGACUUAACAUUUGCAUUCCAGAGUAUGCUGGUUUCUCUUAUCUGUGGUACAGCAGCUACUAAGUGUAUUGUGUCUGAAAAUCAUUGACGUUGUAGGUUUUUAAAUUUUGUUAUGGUGUAAUUCAAAGUAAAUGUAUCUUAAUUACAUCUCAAUAUAAGAUGUAAGUAGGGCACCGGUGUCUGAGAUUUGAGGCCUUUUUUGAGGCUUGUCCAGGCCAAGCUUAGACUGGCCGUUUGACACAUUUAAAGCAUUUGAAAACCACAUACUGCAUUCUGGGAAUGCUCUUCCUCUAUCAUGUUGUAUUUUUGUUUGUCUUUGUAAACUGACUGCUCCAUAAUGCAUGCUGGGAUACCAGCCCUAUCCACCUAAACAGAUGGACGUAGAGAAGGAAUAAAUGAACAAGCUGCUGUUUGUUACACAUGUGUACUUUAAAAAAAAAAACUGUCACAACUUAGGCUUUAGUUUUGUAGCUCAGCCCUCUGGCACUGUAAGAUUACAUCCAGUGGUCAGACGAUCACAUGGGUUUUAGAUGAAGCCCAAGUUUGUAAAAUAAGGAUAAAGAAACAGAAUGAACUCUCUGUAUUUUGGUGAAAUUCUUAAAUGAGACCUGUAGAAUAAAGUCAUUUUGAGUAAAUAUCAUGGUUUUACACUUAGAUUUAGUGAAGUUUUCUGACCUAAUGGCAAAUCACUGAUGAAAAGUUCAGAUUGCUAGAAUGCUGAAAAUACAAUAAUUCCUUCGGUUUUAACAUUUUCUAGCUCUGACAAAUGUGUCCUUUCUUUUUUUUUUUUUUUUUUGAAAACCCACUUCUCAAACAUGUUGGUGUGAUUUAGGGUUCGGAGGGUUAAUACACAAAUGAACUGCUGUAAACAGCCGCAGUUUCCAAAUCAAAUUCCAGGUUCGCCUUUGACCUGCUGUACUCACUGCAGUUCUUUGAGCUUGCAAAUGCUUUAAUGAUUCUAAAACUGUUGGGUUUUUCAACAAAUAACGUGUUAACUUGUGUAGCUAACUGUUCACUCAUUUGCAGGUGGUCUGAUUGUCUGACUGCCUGUUUCUUGGACCCAUUUUUGCAGAGUUGUGAUACUCCACUAUCUCAGUUGUAUAUCUGUCAUUGAAAACAAGAUCAGUUGCCCAAAAACAAAAACAAAGCCUAAGUUGUAAUAAGCUUGUACAAACUUGCUCUAAUGUAGGUUCCAACUUAAACUUUGAAACCUACAUACAUUCAUGAUCAGUGAGAUGUUUGAUGCUUAAACCUCCAUUCAUUCCUGCUCACAUGAGCUGUUUGAGGAUAAGUGUUUCCUGUUCUGUCCUCACUGAGUCUCAUUUCAACUUCUGUGGUGAAAGUGAAACUUCUUCCACUUCUUCCUACAUUAAAAUGAACCACAUUGCCAAAAACAGCUGCAUGGUGCCAAUUAUUGAACAUACAUAUUAACCUUGUUCUGACCAUACAGCUUCAGUUACACUGCUUCUAGUCUCUACCUGUACUGAAUCAGUGACUGACAAAGUCCAUCAGUGGUCUGAUAGGACAUGUUUAUGUUAAUCAUUGUCAAUGUAACUGUCAGCUGUCAGUUCAUUAUUUGGAAAGCAUUUUAUUAAUGCUCUGUUUUUGCUGCAGUUUUUGUGCCUCAAGAAGCAGUUUUUUUCUUUGGCAACAUGUAUUGUACCACAGUUGUGACCACAGAGGCUGAACAUAGGAGUUGACUGACUUUAACUUUUUUUUUUUUACAUUUAUUAACAUUUUCAUUCUGCUUGACUGAUUCCUAUUGCUGUUUGAGAAUUUAUAUCUCAACAUGUGCUAAUUAAAAAAAUACAAGUGUACAUCAUGAUUUAGCAUCAAUACUAGAACAACGGAUCUUUUUAUACUGAUCUUCCACGUCCUUAAAAUGCACCUUCUGUUUAAAGGCUCAUAAGUGUUGAGGUAAUUAUGAACUGUAUGUUUGGGAAUGUGCAAAUCAAAGAUGUAAAAAUAUUAGUGUGGAUGUGAUGUUUGGUGGACACUGUGCACAUAUUAAAAUGUUUUGUCUUCAGCGUA